AUUAAGAACCUUAUACACAAAAGGAAAGAAAUUACACAGAGAAAGAAAAACGAUUGUUUCAAUGUCUCUCGUUUACUUUCGUCUUCCAAUUUCUAAAUUGUCCAUCUCUUGUAGGGUUUUCAAUAAAGCUGUUACUGUCAUUGGAAAAGUUUCUAACAACUACAAUGUUCGACGAUAUGCAAACCAUCAACCUCUUUUUGCAAUGUUGAAAUCUAAUGGAGUUGGAGAUGGGAUGUGCUUAAAAGCAUCAACACAAUCUGAUGAUAAUGUUGUUGUGAGGCAGAGUGCAAAUUAUCAAUCUCCUCUGUGGAAAGAUGAUUUUAUUCAAUCAUUACAUAAUGAAUUUGGGGGAAAAACAUAUAGAAAACGGUUCAACCAACUCAAAGGAGAAGUUAAAACAUUGCUUCGAGAAAGAAGAGACUCUUUAGAACAACUUGAGCUCAUUGAUGUUUUACAAAGACUUGGAAUAUCAUACCACUUUAAGAGUGAAAUUAAAGAUAUCUUACAAAGAAUAAGCAACAAGUUCUAUGAAGAGGAUGAAAACGAGAAGAAGAAUACUCUCUAUGCAACGUCUCUUGAAUUUCGACUUCUAAGACAACAUCAAUUUCAUAUUUCUGAAGAUGUUUUCAAUGCCUUCAAAGAUGAGAUGGGGAAUUUCAAAACAUGCUUUUACGACGAUAUAAAUGGAAUGUUAUCUUUAUAUGAAGCUUCAUUCUUAUCAACUAAAAGGGAGACUGUUUUAGAGGAAGCAAAAUGCUUUACAGUAAAAUAUCUAAAUGAAUUCAUCAAAUCAAGCAAAGAUGAACUCAAAGUAGAGAUUGUAGAGCAUGCCUUGAAGCUUCCUUUACAUUGGAGAAUAGAAAGAUUGGAGGCAAGAUGGAGUAUUGAUAUAUAUGAGAGAGUAGGAACCCUGAAUCCUAUUCUUCUUGAAAUUGCUAAGCUUGAUUUCAACAUGGUGCAAUCUUUUUACCAAGAAGAUCUUAAGUAUGCAUCAAGUUGGUGGAGAAACACAGAGCUCGGACAAAAAUUGAGUUUUGCAAGAGACCAACUGAUGGAAAAUUUCUUUUGGACACUUGGCAUUGGAUUUGAACCCGAAUCUACAUAUUUUAGAAGAAUGGGUACAAAGAUUGUGUCAUUGAUAACAAUGAUCGAUGAUGUUUAUGAUGUUUAUGGCACAUUGGAUGAACUCAAACUCUUUACAGACGCUAUAGAGAGGUGGGAUAUGGCAGCAAUGGACCAACUUCCUGAGUACUUGAAACCAUGUUUUUUUACUCUCUACAAUUCAAUAAAUGAGAUAGCUUAUGAAGCACUAAUCAACCAUGGAGUUGAUGUCAUGCAAUACCUUAAGAAAGUGUGGGCGGAUUUGUGCAAAUCUUAUUUAAUAGAGUCAAAUUGGUAUCACAGUGGGUAUAAACCAACAUUUGAAGAAUAUAUGAACAAUGCAUGGAUAUCAGUAGCAGGACCAAUUAUGUUAGUUCAUUCAUAUAUUUUUGUAGCAUCUCAAAUAUCAAAGCAAGAAUUGGAGAGAUUGACAAAAUAUGAAGAUACAAUUCGUUGGUCAUCAACAAUUAUGCGACUUGCAAAUGACCUAUUAACACCCUUGGAUAAACAAAACAUUGGUGAUGUUCCAAAAUCAAUUCAAUGCUACAUGAAUGAGACAGGUGGUUCAGAAAAAGAAGCUCGUGAAUAUGUAAGACAUCUAGUAGAUGAGUUAUGGAAGAAGUUAAAUGAUGAAUAUGAUGAUGAGAAGAGAGUAUCCACUCAAGCCAUCAUUGGCGGCAUGUCCAAGAAUCUGGCACGAAUAUCUCAAUAUAUGUAUCAGUACGGAGAUGGGCGAUUCAUUGACCAUAACAAAACAAAAGAAAGUAUAGUGUCUCUUCUUGUUCAUCCUAUCAGUACUCGUUAAUAUAGCCAAUGUUCAUAUAGUGAUAUACUUGUAUUUGGAAGAGGUUCAACGAAGUCUUGGAUAUAAUAUUUAGAUGGAUUAUUGAUGGAUUUUAAAUCAUUGCUUACCAUCUCUCAAAAAUGAUAUAAUGUAAUGUGAUUAACUAGAUAAAUUAAAUGAUUAUUUGGAAUGCAUAUCUCA